CCGUCUUCAACUAGAUGAUGCAUGGAAACCCCCCUGUGUAAGGUUGAUCUAUGCUCUCGUGCCUUUGCGCAAUCCGCAUAUAUGGGAACGCGAGUUUGCCCCACAUGUUGUUCUCGCUCACCACUCCCUUUCCCCGGCACACAGAAUGACCACCCCGUCGAUCAAAUUACCAUCGAAACUGCAUUCGUCGGAGGGCGAUCACUCCGGUGGAAGCCUGAAAAUUCUUGACGAGUUUCGCGAAACCGUCAAGAGAGAUGUAUCCUUCGUAGAUGUCUCAGCGCUGCCAGGAAUUAUCGACGCUCUCAAACACAACAGUGCGAUAGACGAUAGAAAAAUGCUCCUUGAGCAUAUUCUAAUGUUCAUAUCUAAACUUCCGGAGGGAACGGUUUCAACCAAGCUACAGAACCUUGUCAUUGAGCUCCUGUAUAACGAUCUCCCGCACCCUCCAAGUACAUAUCUCGGCCAGCAGUACGCCUGGCGCACUGCCGACGGCUCGUAUAACAACAUCUGCGAGCCAGACAUGGGCAAGGCAGGAAUGCCUUACUCGCGCAGCGUUCAGCAAACGCAUCCGCUUGCGACCAGAGACUUGCCAGACGCUGGCUUAGUCUUUGACACGCUUCUCCGCCGAGAAAAGUUCGUUAAGCACCCGGCUGGCUUGUCGAGCAUGAUGUUUUCCUUUGCUGCGCUGGUCAUUCAUAGCGUCUUUCGCACCUCUCACGAGAACGUGAAUAUCAAUGAGACAUCCUCCUACCUCGACCUCGCGCCACUGUAUGGAUGCAACCAGGAGGCACAGAACAAGAUUCGCGUGAGGGACGGCCGGGGUUUACUUUACCCCGAUACGUUCGCAGAAGAUCGUCUCUUGCUGUUGCCCCCGGCAGUAGCCGUUCUCCUUUUACUGUUCAGCAGGAACCAUAACUAUAUCGCCCGAAAGCUGUUGGAAAUCAACGAACGCGACACGUACACUGACCCGGAUCAUAUCCCUGCAGAUGACCCGCAGCGCUCGGCAAAGAUCCUCGCACAAGAGGAAGAGAUUUUCCAGACUGCUCGCCUGAUCAAUUGUGGAUGGUUCGGUUCCGCGAUCCUCUCAGAUUAUUUCAGCGCAAUCCUGGGUUUGGUGCGGCAGGGUAGCAGCUGGAGCUUGAAUCCGUUCGGAGAAAUCCGUCAGGAGGACCAUUCUCUGUUCGAGCGUGCGCGUGGAAACGCAUGCAGUGUCGAGUUCAACUGUCUCUAUCGCUGGCACGCUACCACAUCAGAGCAUGACGAACAAUGGGUCGAGCAGCUGACAAGACAUCUGUUCGGUAACCGCAGCCCUGAUACCAUCUCCAUGGCAGACCUAAAACAAGCCAUGCAGAAAAUACAGGCGCAGGAGCCCGAUGCCACACACUGGACAUUUGGUAACAUGCAAAGGCAGGAGGACGGGUCGUUCAAGGACGAAGAGCUUGCGGCGAUUUUAAGGGCGGCAACGCAGCACCCCGCCGGUGCAUUCAAGGCUCGUGGAACACCCCACUGUAUGCGCCUCCAUGAGAUCAUGGGAAUUGAGGCGAGCCGUCGUUGGGGCCUCUGCUCUUUGAACGAUUUCAGGAAGUUCUUGGGGUUGAAGCCUUACUCGUCGUUCUUGGAAUGGAACCCGGAUCCUGAAGUGGCUGCAGCAGCUGAGAAGCUGUACGGUGACAUCGGCCAUCUCGAACUAUACACUGGUCUCCAGGCUGAGGAGACCAAGCCUGUCGUCGAUGGUGCAGGAGUUUGCCCCUCGUACACCAUUAGUCGAGCCAUUCUCGCCGACGCCAUCGCUCUGACUCGCGGUGACCGCUUCUUCACCGCCGACUAUACGCCCUUCAAUAUGACCUCCUGGGGCUUUGCCGACUGUCAGCGUGACGCAAAAGCGCCAGGGUACGGAAGCACGCUCGGCCGCCUCCUCAUGCGUGCCCUCCCGAAUCACUACACCGCCAACAGCACCUACACUUGGUUCCCGCUGAUGACUCCCGAGGCAAUGCAGACUAUCCUUACGAAGCUCGGAGACAUUGAUCUCUACAAUUUGAAGCUUCCCAGCCCUGUGCAGAAUGCAGUCGAAGUUGACGAAUACAGAGACGCGACGCACGUCUUGGUCAGCGGAAACUUCGGCGCGCUGUACCAGGAGAGGGCUGGACGAGUAAUCGAGGGCCAAGGAUUCUUCCUUGCCUCAAACGACCCGGCGCGCGCCCAGCGCGAGCAACGUGCCAUGCUUGGUGCACUUGCCGGCGCCCCUGGGUCCGUCGAGAAGAUUGCGGAGUUUUUCUACAGGAAGACGCGCGAGAUGAUGGUCAGCGAGGCAUGGACCGGGGUCGGGAGGUCGACGAAGAGCGUCGACGUUGCCCGUGACGUGCUGAAGUAUGUCCCCAUCUACUGGGCGUGUGAAGUGGCUGGUAUUCACCUAAACAACAAUGACUCCGAGGACGGAUACACUCCGGCCAAGCUGUAUACCAUGCUCACUGAGAUCUACGAGUUUCUCUUCUUGGACUUCGACUCCUAUAAGUACCUCACCCUGCUGAAGACGGCCCAAAGGCAUAUCGAUGUUCUGCUCAGACAGAUCAAGGGGCCGCAAGCUAACAGCGGAUUUUCCUUGUUCAGCAUCUUUUCCUUUUUCGCUAAGCUCUUUGGAGGCGGUCAGAAGUCCGAAGGGGAUCUGUCGGCGCGCUUUACUUCCCUUGGAUAUGACAACGACACCUUGGCGAACUCGAUCCUUGCGAUUCUAGUCGGCUGCACUGUCGAGAUGUCUCAAGCACUCGUCCAUGUCGUUAACUUCUACCUCGACGAGGGAAUGACUGGCCAGGUCAAGAUCUCCACUACUAAUGCACGACCAGAUGGGAAAGACCAAGAAACGAUGCAGGGCAUUGCGGUGGAAGCGCUGCGCCUGGACCCCCCGUUCGCUGGUGUCUAUCGUGAGGCACUGACUGCUCAAAAUGUUAACGACCGCUCUGUUGAAACUGGUGGCAAGGUUUUCGUUAACAUCGCCAAGGCGAACAUGGACCCCGACGUCUUCAAGGACCCAGCUUCUGUAAAGCCGAACCGCUCGCCGAAGGAUCGGUACCUUGCUGCUGAUGGCUCAGUACAAUGCCUAGGCUUUGAUCUCUCUUCAAAGAUCGUCGCGGAGGUGCUCCGCGCUGUCUUCAGCUUCCCCAAUGUUCGUCGUGCUCCGGGACAGUCGGGUGUGCUCAAGCGCUUCAAGCCGGACACGAUCAAGACUAGUUCCUGGAUGUACCUCAACCAUGAGCAGCUGCCAAGCCCUUGGGCAACAUCCAUGAUUAUCCAAUACGACUAAGACGGAUUUUACGGUCUGAUGAUCUCUGAAAUCGCCGAUGAUUCCUUCUACCGCAUUUUUGAAAGCUGUUCUUCAUCAUGUAUGUUACAACAUCGUCUCUGCAGCCUUUAUCCAAAUAGCCAGUGGAUUGUUGACAAAUUCUGCUGUGGGGGCAGGUUGACAUCUGCUGGGUUAUCUUGUCAUUCUGCGAGGGUUUCCAAAUAACUUUCAUUUAAC